AGCGGCGGCGCAUCGCGGUGGUUUGGUAGCGGGUGGGGAAGAGUCGGGCAGCGGCUGACCCUCGCAGACAACAGAACUUGUAGGGAACUCGGGGUGAGGGGUUGCCCGGACUGCCUUCAGACCCGAGAACCGCCAGACCUGCGCUUAAAACCUUCCGCUCAUCACCUGCGAGACCGUCCGUCUAAUGUCGGAUUUCAAGCUCGGGAUUGUUCGACUUGGCCGUGUGGCCGGGAAGACAAAGUACACCCUCAUAGAUGAGCAGGACAUACCAUUGGUGGAAAACUAUGCCUUUGAGGCUCGCAUGGAGGUUGAUGCCGACGGCAACGGAGCAAAAAUCUUUGCAUAUGCUUUUGACAUUGGUAAAGGCCGAUGGGCUGGUCGUCCCCUGCAUGAAUUACUUUGGGAAAAGCACAGAGGUGGCAUUGCUCCUAGUUUCCAAGUCGUCCACAUUAACUCAGUCACAGUGGACAACCGUCUAGACAACCUGCGCCUCGUUCCUGUUGGCUGGAGUCCCAAACCAGAGGAGCUGUCCAGCAAACAGAGAGAGCAGUCACUCUACUGGCUGGCCAUCCAGCAGGUACCAGCAGACCCAGUUGAGGAGCAGUAUCUGGAGCUAAGCCGCACACGCUACUACAACGCUAACGGAGAGCUUGUGGAGGAAGAGGAGUGCUCUUGCACGUACUACGAAUGUCAUUAUCCCCCUUGUUCACUUAUUGAAAGGAGGCUGCGAGAGUUCAACAUCUGUGGCCGCUGCCAGGUGGCUCGCUACUGUGGUUCCCAGUGUCAGCAGAGGGAUUGGCCAGCCCAUAAGAAGCAGUGCCGUGAACGCAAGAGGGUUCUGGCCCUGGAGUCGGAGCCUGAGCGGUGAUCCCGUGAACCCCACUCUGAAGAACGGGGUCAGCGGGGAGAGGGGGUUGUGGGGAGAGACUUGCAGUAAAGACGCAAAAAGAAAUCUGCUGACUGACUAAAAGGAUGGGCGACUUGUUGGUAGGAGAGAUGGGCCUGUUGAGAGGGGGGAGAAACCUUGCUUCCCAGAACUAUGACAUCUCCUUGGCAUGUCUGAGGGGGUGAUGGGAAAACUAGGGGGGUAUUUUUUUUUGUUUUGUUUUUGUUUAGAGGCAGAGCGUAAAAGGCUCUACCUGCUGCUAUGGAUGUGUGUUUUGUGAAGAAAAACGCCAUGCCGUCAUGACUUCCUCUGUGGACUGUGGACAGUUCAUAAGCUCACUCCUUCCUUCCUGCCUUCCUUCCAUCCGUGCUCCUCAUCAUGAACGUGUUAGCCGCUGGUAUCGAGCGACAAGCCUGCUGUACGAACAGAUGGAAUAAUGGAGUAAUGGACCUCUUCACUGUACUACCCUUUAUUUCCUCUCCCGGUUAUACUUCCUGUGCACAUAACCAUGCACACACUCACUUACUUGCCAUAAUCCUCCCCAACAAGUGUGCAGCAAAAGACUGUGUGACUUCACACUACCAGUAUUUGUGUGUGCGUGUAUGUGCGAUGCCAUUAUCGACUGAAGGACAUGGAUUAAGUGGUAGAGUGGACUUUUUUCCCCUCUCUUUCCUUUUUUUUUUUUUUCCCUUAUCUUUUUGCAGUUGGGGUGGGAGGAGUUUGUGGUAAACCUGGGCUGUCGUCACUUAAUCGUCUCUGUGUUCCUGUGUCGAGUUUCUGAAAAAUGCAUUACUUUCGGUGCUGCAUUAAAAUCCCAGUUAUCCUUCCAGCUUCAGUUGUGUUCACACGCCACCACGAGCAUUCAGCUUUGAGGGAUGUCCUGGAAAAAACUUGAAAAAUCCACAGCGGAAGUUGUCUGAGACUAGCAUGGUCAACAUCUACUUGGAUGUGUUUGCAAGUUGAUGUUUGGGUUCCCUGUUAAUUUAUAAAUCUUGUUUUUUUUGUGUCCGUCAGCAUAGCUUGUCUCUUUUCCUCUCUCUUUAUCCCUUUUCUGUUUUGUCUAACACUCAACCCAAAACCAAGAGAAACUUGUACAUGCACACAUGUCUAAAGUGCGUCUUCCUCUCAUGUGGAGGGCAACUGUACCGAACUGUGAUGCGCACGCACAUGCACACAAAUGAGCAUGUAUUGCAGAUAAGCAGACAUGCAGUUUGUUGAUGGUUGUGUGUACCAAUAUGUCUAUUUAUCUGGAUGGGGUUGAACACUGUGCACUGAGUAUCCUCACUUUUAUCUUUUGUCAUUUAGGCAGGGAUGAUGUGUCAGAAUGAUUGAGUUUUGGGGGGAAAUCGGGGCUGUCUGUCUUUUUUUUUUUUUUUUUUUUCUAAGGCUAUUACAGUACAAACAUUUAAAUACAUAGAAAAAAGUAUGAGACAUGAAAGGGCAUAAUGUUGGUGAUAACUGACCAUCUCUUGUCACUGUAAAAUAAAAUAAAAUAAAAGUAAAGAUGUGAGCAGUAUGUUUACAA